GGGCAGCAAGACUAACUACCUACCUUUCUAGUCAUUAGAUCUCGUGUGGUUCCUAUUUACUCCAUACUCUACAAGAUAUCGUCUAGUCUCCAGGGAUCCACGUCUUCGGUGAAAGCAUCAAGGCCACCACCUGCCGGCUGGUUGCUUUUGAUUCGCUUGGACUAUGCACUCUAGCAUAAUAAUGACUUUAGCUAGCCAGCGUCUGCCUGCGGUGCGUACAUCCGGCAAUACUUCCUUGAGUGCAUAACUAUCUCUCUCUGUGAUUGGACACGAUCAGUCCAGUCGGGCGUAGUCUAGCGUUACUCGAAUGCCAUGCCAUUUUACGCUUACAAGACGGAACAAAGGACGAUCGCCCGACGAUCCCAGGAAUGCAGGUAUAAAACACCCAUGGAGGCCGAGUCCAUUCCCCGGAAACAAAGGUAGAUAAUCAGGACUGUCUCACUCUAGCAAAUCCCUUCACAGCCGACACCAUGCUCGUAGAACAACCCAGAGACAUCACACAAGGCCAUCUAGAGAAGAACAGCCUACUAUGGCGGUCGACAGAAACCGAAGCCGUGAAACCAGUACUCAACGACGACAUCACGUCUAGUACUUCGUCGUCCCCAUCAACACCCAGGGAUAUGGAUGAUCCCUGUCGGCGUCUUGCCGUGAGAGGACAGGGAAAUUAUAUAUAUCUAGCAGAUGGACGUGAAAUACUGGAUGCCUCUGGAGGGGCGGCUGUUGCUUGUCUCGGACAUGGCGUUAAGGAGGUCGCUGAUGCAAUUAUCACCCAGACUGCCUCUAUCUCCUACGUUCCUUGGGGCUUCAUGGAUAGCCAGAGCCGACGAGAUCUGAAUAGAUGGCUAUCGCAAAAUUCUAACGGGCACUUCACGAAGACAUGGGUCACAUCAUCUGGUUCCGAAGCGAUGGAAGGCGCAAUAAAGCUUGCUCGCGAGUACUUUACGUGGAUUGGGCAGCCGCAGCGCGUGAAUUAUAUCGCUCGGGAUGAGUCGUAUCAUGGGAUUACGCUGGGCGUGCUGUCUGUGGGAGGUCACGUAACUAGAAGAAUUCCGUUUGAACCACUUCUGGUACCCAACAUCUAUCAUAUACCGGCGUGUAACCCUUAUCGCCAAAGACUUCCCAGAGAGUCUGACGACGAGUUUGUCUCCCGCAAGGCAGAAGAGCUCGAACAGGCGUUCCUCCGGGCUGGCCCAGAUACCGUAGUAGCAUUUGUCGCUGAGCCGGUCGUCGGAGCAGCAGCUGGCUGUAUGCCAUCCGUCAAUGGCUAUUUUAAGGCGAUGAAGGCCGUAUGUGAUAAGUAUGGAGCUCUACUUAUACUCGACGAAGUCAUGUGUGGCAUGGGAAGAACAGGCACCCUCCACGCCUGGGAACAGGAGGGUGUCACUCCCGAUAUACAAGCGGUUGGAAAAGGCCUUGGAGGUGGUUACCAACCCGUCUCGGCCAUAUUAGCUAGCAGGAAGAUCACACAGGUGAUGGAAGCCAAGGGUGUCGCUUUUACACACGGGCACACGUAUAUGGAUCACCCCGUCACCUGCGCGACUGCCCUGCGGGUACAGCAGAUCAUACAACGCGAUAACCUGCUUCCCAACGUCCAGGCCCAGGGCCAGUACCUAGAGAAGCUACUCCGCAACAAGCUACAGAACCACCCCAACGUCGGCGACAUCCGGGGCCGCGGCUUAUUCUGGGGCGUCGAGUUCGUCCGGGAUAAACAGACUAAAGAGCCGUUCGACCCUAAACUUCAGAUCGCGCGCCGCGUCCACGAGACGGCCCUGGAACCUCCGCACAACUUGUCGCUGUAUUUCGGCCAAGGGUGUGCCGGUCAAGGCAAGGGCGACCACAUCAUGAUCAUGCCCGCGUACAACGUCACUCAGGACGUUGUAGAGACGAUCGUCGAUAAGUUCGCGGCUGUUCUCGCCGACUUCUUUAGCCAGCUGGAGAAAGAGCACGGAGCCGAGCAAGACUAGGUGUCUCUACAUCCUGAGUCCGAACCUGUUGGUCAUACAAUAAAUAUCUAGCAAUCUUACUCUUAUUUCUGUUGGUUUCUACCCUCGUUGCAUCGAUGCGCUCUAUGCGUAUCUCGUUGGUCUAUCGUCAUUCACGAGGAACUUCUAACGAGAGCAAGAGGUGGAAUAGAACGUGGGUGCUGCGUGUAUGCUAGUUUCCGUUCUGUAUUCAUUACAUAUGAAAUUAUCUCUACUAUUUUCAUCUAACACAAUUACAAUGUCUGUUAUUUGUUGCUUUAGCAAGUAGUACGGGCUGGUUAUCUAGAUGGGAGUAGUCGUCUCGACGGGAUCUCUUGGGAUAUAACGACUACAUAUACGACGGACAUGAAGUAGUUCGCGGUUUAGAUUAUAUCAGGUAGUCAUUAUGAACACUCUUUAUACAACCGACUUCGAUCUCGAAA